AUGAUGAGAGGGAGGUGGCUUCCACUGUUGCUGGUAUUGACUCCAGGAGUUGUGAGUGACUGGGGCGUGUCGUAUGGAUCUCAGUGCGCUGUACGCGGCUCCAGCAUCGUCAUUAAAUGCUCCUACGAUUAUGCUCCAGGUGAUAUUGUCACAUCUGUCGAAUGGUUCAAAGGUCUUCGUCACACGUUGCGUAAGGUUGCUCUGCCUUUGGGAUCUGGCAAAUAUGAAUAUGCUGGAAACUAUGAAGGCAACUGCGAUCUGAAGAUCAGAAACAUCCGGUACACUGACGAAGGCAGUUAUUUCUUCAGUUUCUCAACAACUGUCAAUAGACGGAGCAGCCCACAUUCUUCACAUCUGUCAGUGACAGAUUUGACAGCAGUUCUGGAGCCCAGCACUGUGACAGAGGGGGAGCGUGUCAGUCUGACCUGCAGGUCAGGUUGUCCUUCUUCAUCAGGCCAAGUCUGGUUCAAAGAUGGAAAACCUUUCUCUGGUUCAAACUUCCGAGCCAGCAGAGAGAGCAGUGGGCGGUACCACUGCGCUCUCUCCAGCGUGGAGGGAGCCACAUCUGUCUCUGUGGAGCUCAAUGUCCUGUACGCUCCGCUCAACGUGGUGUUGAGGAAGGUCUCGACGGAGGACACAGUGAAGGGAAGCUCAGUGACUCUCAGCUGCAGCAGCGACGCCAACCCUCCUGUGAGUCUGGACGGGUACAGCAUGUACAAGGACAAUCACUGGAUCAGCUCCGGGCCGAGUCUCACCAUCCCGGUCCUGGAGCUCAGACACAGUGGACGGUACCACUGUCGAGCCUGGAACAAUGUCAGUCGAGAGGGUGAAGCAACUGUGGCCUCAGCCGACGUGGAUCUGGAUGUCAAGUACACUCCGGUCAACGUGGUGUUGAGGAAGAUCUCGACGGAGGACACAGUGAAGGGAAGCUCAGUGACCCUCAGCUGCAGCAGCGACGCCAACCCUCCUGUGAGUCCGGACGGGUACAGCAUGUACAAGGACGAGCGCUGGAUCAGCUCCGGACCGAGUCUCACCAUCCCGGUCCUGGAGCCCAGACACAGUGGACGGUACCACUGUCGAGCCUGGAACAAUGUCAGUCGAGCGGGUGAAGCAACUGUGGCCUCAGCCGACGUGGAUCUGGAUGUCAAGUACACUCCGGUCAACGUGGUGUUGAGGAAGAUCUCGACGGAGGACACAGUGAAGGGAAGCUCAGUGACCCUCAGCUGCAGCAGCGACGCCAACCCUCCUGUGAGUCCGGACGGGUACAGCAUGUACAAGGACGAGCGCUGGAUCAGCUCCGGACCGAGUCUCACCAUCCCGGUCCUGGAGCCCAGACACAGUGGACGGUACCACUGUCGAGCCUGGAACAAUGUCAGUCGAGCGGGUGAAGCAACUGUGGCCUCAGCCGACGUGGAUCUGGAUGUGAAGUGUGAGUGUCUCAUCUGA